GUGGCUAAAUGAUUUCAUUUAAAAAAAGUUUGAUUCAGAAACGGCUAAUCCGCAAGCAUUCGACUACUCAGUCCUGUUGCUUAUCUUUGUGGGUUAGGCGAGCUACUAAAACUAACGACUAGCUUGUGGUGACAUUAGAGCCACCGUAGCUCAUCUUUUGAGGAAGGCCGAUGGUUAAAACUAAGUUAAUGUACUUGUCGACAAAUAUUUGUUACAGUUGCUUCACUUCCUGUUGAAAGAUCUCUAGAAUCCCGCCACAGUGAAUUUGAACGCGCCCGUAAAUCCGUCUCAGUGAAGUGAUGGAUGAUCUGACGAAGUUGGCCAGCGAACAAAACGCCACUUUGGUGGUGUUGAGCUUCCUCCAGGCGGACUGCAGUAACGUGCAGUACAACAAGGCUGUUUACUCUUUGGGUAAAGAGCUAACAGAAACUUGGAGGAACAGUUGCGAAGACAAUGAUGGGGUUAUCGAAUGUGACUGCAACCUGCCCGGCACCAUCGAGGGCUCCAUCGCCGACAUAGAGCCGUUAGUGGAGCUUUACUGGCCUGGUGGUGUAGGUGAAGCAAGAGCCCUGCAGGUGGUUGCAGCUCAGCUGAGAGAAAUUGCUGCCCAACUUGAGCAGAAUGUUGUGGACCAGUCUGCCCGAAACCUGCACAACAAUGUGAUGUCUUCACCCAGUGAACAGUGGCUGGAGCUCCUCAAAAGCGAGGUGCACAGGGCCAUGAUGCAGGGGGUGGGCUUGGAUCAGCUGCCCCGGGAGAGGGUCAUCAUGGCCCUCAGCCUCACCCUGGUGAAGCAGGUGUGUGAACACACCCCACAACUCCUCAGAGAUCUCUUCAACACUGCGCUGCAGUACAUCAGCCCAACAAGGGCAAGAUGACUUGAAGUGGGCGGGAUGAGAGGGAAUAACUGUCAAAUGUUUGCAGGAAAACAAAAAA